AUGGGCGGGCUGAUCAACACUGCGAGCUUCGACAAUACGUUUCACAUCGACACAGAUUCUAAGGCCGGAACAGACCUUUUGGCGCUGAUAGUAGCUAUAUACGAGAUCGGAUGCUUCUUCGGUGCCAUCGCAACAAGUUUCGUUGGGGAACAGCUGGGUCGACGGCGAAGCGUCUUCAUCGGAGUGAUCAUCAUGAUUGCUGGAGCCCUGCUGCAAGCAACAGCAUACAGCCCAGCUCACAUGAUCGUUGCUCGAAUUGUGAGCGGACUGGGAAUGGGCAUGAUCAACUCGACAGCUCCGGUCAUAAUGGCCGAAUUCGCGCCCAAAGCCACCAGAGGUAUCUAUGUCUGCGCCCAGCUCUCGACUCUCAACUUCGGCAUCAUGCUGGUGUACUGGAUCGACUACGCAUUCGCGAAGAUCCCCGGUGGUCCCAGCUACGCGUGGAGAAUACCGGUCAUUCUCCAGUGUAUCUUCCUCGUGCCAAUGCUGUUCAUCAUCAUGAUCCUGCCGGAAACCCCACGCUGGCUGGUGGCCCACUCUCGCCCAGACGAGGCGCUCGAGGUACUGACGCGUCUUAACCACAAGACGAUGAGCGAUGAGGCGAUCGUGAGGACCCACAACGAUAUUGUGAACACCGUUGCAUACGAAGCAUCCAUCGGUUCCGGCACAUGGGGCGACUUGCUCAAGGAGGACGACAUCCAGUCUCGCAAGCGGUUCCUUAUUGCUUGCAGCGUUCAGGCUUUUCAGCAGCUUGGGGGCAUCAAUAGUUUGAUAUACUAUAGUUCCACGCUGUUUGAGAAGAGUCUGGGCUUCGACAAGAACCUCUCCGCCCUCAUGUCUGGCGCGUUGAACUCUUGGUUCUUCGCGGCAUCGUUUAUUCCCUGGUUUCUGAUCGACCGUAUGGGACGUCGUCCGCUCUUCUUAUCAAUGAUAUCGUUGAUGGCUGCCGUUAUGGUCGUUCAAACCGGUCUUAUCUGGAACGUCCAGAACGAGACUUCCAUCGCUGAGUCGUGUGGUGCUGGAGCUGCGGCAAUGCUGUUCAUCUUCCAAGGCGCCUUCACCAUCGGUUUCCAAGCAACGGUAUGGGUCUACCCAUCCGAGAUACUGCCUCUGAAGCUGCGCCAGCGAGGUUCGUCCAUCUCCACGGCAUGCAACUGGAUCUUCAACUUCAUGAUCGUCUAUAUCACGCCUCCGGCGAUUCGCAACAUUGGCUAUAAGACGUAUAUCAUUUUCGCUGUCCUCAACGCCACUUGGGUCCCGAUCAUCUACUUCGUCUAUCCUGAGACCAAGGGACUUGCGCUCGAAGAUGUCGAUCGACUUUUCGCCAGGACCGAUGAGGCGCAUAGGCAGAUGAGUGUCAUCGCCGAGGAUUUUGACCAUGGAAAGGGCGGCGUUGACCAGAUCAAUGAUGUUGUGGUUGCGAAGGUCUGA